AUGCAGAUCGUCUUGUUGCUGUCAUUGGCUGCUGUCGCUUUGGGUUUCAAAUGCGAAUCUCCAAAGUAUUCGGCUUCGGCCUUUUCAACUACCGAUGGUUUUUUCCACUUUCACACGACCUUCAUCGCAGAAUUCACGCUGCAAUGCAGUAACAACAUGAAGGAUGCUCCCUUUUAUGCCGUUAUUAAUGGCAACAUUUACAACGUAGCCGUAUCCGUAGAGACCGCCAAGUAUCAGGUGUCAUGGUCUCAGGAACAUGAGAAGUCUGAUGCACAACUGGUAGCUAUUAAGAUUUACGAUGAAGAUGGCAUUGCCGCUUACAGAAAGAAUGCUGAUACGGCACCCUUGUUUACCAUUGAGCACUAUCACCCGGGUCUAACGAAAAAACCAUUUGUCUCCUCUGAAACAAUUGCCCUCGUCAUUUGCGUAGCAGCUCUUUACUACGCAAUUAAGCAGAAAUCAGAAAUCACACAUUAG